AUGGCUAAUCUCCGAAAAACCCACCCCCUCCUAAAAAUCGCAAACGACGCACUAGUGGAUCUCCCAACUCCCUCCAACAUUUCAGUCUGAUGAAACUUCGGCUCCCUCCUCGGCCUCUGUUUAGCUGCCCAAGUCCUCACAGGCCUGUUUCUCGCUAUACACUAUACAUCAGACAUCGCGACGGCCUUUACAUCCGUAGCACAUAUCUGCCGAGAUGUAAAUUAUGGAUGACUCAUCCGAAACAUGCACGCCAACGGCGCAUCCUUCUUCUUCAUCUGCAUUUACCUCCACAUUGGCCGAGGUCUUUACUAUGGCUCCUAUCUAUACAAAGAAACAUGGAAUAUUGGAGUUGUUCUCCUUCUCCUAGUAAUGAUGACCGCUUUCGUAGGUUAUGUAUUACCCUGAGGCCAAAUAUCUUUCUGAGGCGCCACCGUUAUCACCAACCUUCUCUCCGCCGUCCCCUACGUCGGCAACGCUCUCGUCCAAUGAAUUUGAGGAGGCUUCUCAGUUGACAACGCCACCCUCACUCGAUUCUUCGCCUUCCACUUUCUUCUCCCAUUUGUCAUCAUAGCCGCAACCAUUAUUCACCUACUUUUCCUCCACGAAACCGGCUCCAACAACCCCACAGGCCUCAAUUCAGACGCAGACAAAAUCUCAUUCCACCCCUACUUCUCAUACAAAGACCUCUUAGGCUUUGCUGCCCUCCUCGUUGCACUAACCUCCCUCGCCCUAUUCUCCCCCAACCUCCUUGGCGACCCCGAUAAUUUCACCCCCGCAAACCCCCUAGUCACUCCACCACAUAUUAAACCCGAAUGAUACUUCCUCUUUGCUUACGCUAUCCUCCGAUCUAUUCCUAAUAAACUAGGAGGAGUCCUUGCCCUAUUAGCCUCCAUCCUGGUACUUAUAGUAGUACCCAUCCUGCACACAUCUAAACAACGAGGCCUAACAUUCCGACCUCUAACACAAUUCUUAUUUUGAACCCUUGUCGCAGACGUAGCAAUCCUCACCUGAAUUGGAGGCAUGCCCGUCGAACACCCCUUUAUUAUCAUUGGACAGAUCGCCUCCUUCCUGUAUUUCUUCCUAUUCCUCGUUCUAGCACCUCUAGCAGGCUGACUGGAAAACAAAGCCCUCGGAUGAUCCU